AAAAUCCCUUUCUCUCUUAUAUUUCUCUCUGUUCAAAACCCUAAUUCUGUGUAUUCCGUUUGGGACUCGAAUUUCCUCUCUCUCCCACAGACAACUCUGAUCGUGCAUCCUCUGUCGUACAAUUUCGAUCUCUCAACACCUCCAUCCUCUCUACAGAUAUUUGGAGUUUAUGCAAAUGUAAAGUGAAGGGUGAAUCCUGGUGCGGUGGUACAAUUGCUUUAUUGCAACGUACUGGUUCUAACCAGGGAAGCAACUUUUUUUCUCAAGAUGACCACGCCUCAAAUGCAGGAGCCUUGUGUACAUGAGAAAUGUCUCCAGCAUCCAGGUCUAAGUCCAAGGACAAAAAGGUUGGCAAGGAUACACAGAAGGCAUCUUCAAAGCUUUCUAGUACUCCUAAUGCAAGUAGUGGUGUACCAGCCAGUGCAUACAAUCCACAUUUAGGAACGUUUCAUGCCCUUGAAACAGCGCCAACAUCCUCUGCUUCACCUCUACAUGCUAAUGGUCGUUUCCGCAACAUAGAUGAAACAGAAGAGCCAUAUGGAAGCUCACUUGGAGCCGGGGCCGAAUAUGAUUCUGUUUCCAACAAUGAUAGUUGGUCAGGGGAGUCAGAAGAUCACAAAGAGAAACCUCCUGCCAGGCAGGAAGUAAUACCAGGGGCUGAUGGUGACAAGCGGGAUAAAAUCCGCCAGAAGAAUGAGAAGAAGCAUCAGCGCCAGAAGGAGAGGCGCACCCAAGAAUUGCAUGAGCGAUGCAGUGGCUAUCUCAUGUCAAGAAAACUGGAAAAACUUGCUCAACAGCUUGUGUCAAUGGGAUUUCCUCACGAGCGUGCAACUAUGGCGCUGAUAUUCAAUGAGGGCAAAGUAGAGCAAUCUAUUGCUUGGAUCCUUGAAGAAGGUGAAGAAGUUGAUAAGCACCGGGAUCAUAAUCUUGGUGGGGGUAAUUUGAAAAUUGAUAUAUCAGAAGAGCUUUCCCAGAUUGCAAAUUUGGAGAUGAAAUACAAAUGCACGAAGCAAGAGGUUGAAAGAGCUAUCAUUACAUGUGAAGGUGAUCUUGAGAAGGCAGAAGAGUACUUGAGAGCACUAAAGCAAGCACCUUCUGCUCCGAUGAAGCCUGAAGAAAGUGGUGAUCCUCCAACUCUUAGCAAUGGUAAGGUUUCUGUAGCAGUUAGCCAGAGUGCAGUGAGGCUGCAACCAAAACCCAAUUUACUUGCUACAAUUCAGCAAAGAAGAGAUGAAAAGGAAAACCAUGUGAAAACAGCAGGUUUAGUUGGAGUAUCCUCAGAACCAGGAAGUAAAAGUGUGCAACCUUUGAAGAGAAUUCAACCAAAGUUGGAGUGGGCAAAACAACAGCAGAUUGCCGUGCCUACUGAGAAAAGGUGGACAACUGCUGGAUCAAAUCCUUCUGCAUCUUACUCUUUGGCAUCAUCUUUGCUGGUGUCACCUCCACCAGCCAAUGCCGAAACUCGUUAUGUGGCUGUUGCUAAUGAAUACAAAAACAUUCAACCUGGAACAGUUAGGGAACCAGUUGUUAUGAUGCAGAGACCUCAAUCUUUAAAUACAAAGCAGGUUUUAGCCACCGGCAUAAGUUCAUCGCCUCCUGGAUCGGCUGCAAGUUGGCAUCCUACUAACAGCGUUGAAAUUAUGAAGUCCAGUGGGUUGAUGCCUCAUAUUCCUACUUCAAGAAGCCUCAGUCCAGGCAAUUUGAACUCUCAUCAGUUGUAUCAGCAACACCAUUAUCAAGAACAGCAACAUUUUGUUCCUAGCAAUGGGCCAGGAGAUUUGCCUGGAGCUAGCCGAGGAAAUGGUUUAUGGAGUAGAACGGGUACAUCCCCUACUCUUGCUCCUGCCUCCUCACUUGGACUAUUCUCUGGGUUGGGUUCUACUGGUUCUUCAGGUGCCUCUUCUCCUAUUGACUGGAGCACACCUGGCUCAAUGGCGCAUUUUGAUUACACCAACAUAGACUGGAGCUUGAAUCCAGGAGCAGGGUUGUCUUCACAGGGUCCUAGUGGUUUGUGGCUAGGAACAGGAACCAUGAGGAACAACACUCUCUUAUAUGAUUCCAAUGUUUCUGGAAUGGCUGCCAAGAUGACUAUGAGAUCGGUGCCUAAUGGAAAUAGAAUACCGGUAGCAGGAUUGCAAGAUGGUGGAGCCUCUGCUGCUGAGGCUCCUGCAUCUAGUUCCCGAGAGUGGACUUCACCAUUUGAAGGGAAAGAUCUUUUUAGUAUACCAAGGCAGUUUGUUUCUUCUCCUUCUCUGUAGGGGUGGGUGGUUACAAUUUCAGUGAAUAAUAUGAAAAAGAACUGGGAAGUGCUUGGAUUUGAUCUUC